AUCAUUCCUCAUACACUGCAAUGUGAUUGGUUUGCUAUGUUACAGUUGUCGCCAGUGGUCUGUCACUUCCUGACUUAACCAGAGGUUUCAUGUUAUAGGGUGGCUAGGAAAAACCAAGACGACGGUGACGUCAAAUCAGUAUAAAACCCCAAAGACAAAAGAAUUGCACUGAUUACAAUGAUAAGUCUCAACCUGUCUGUGGCAUUUUUAACACUGCGUCAGCUGUGCAUUUGGACUAUAGUGGGAGCCACACCAUGCCUCAAAAAUCAGUUUUGGAACAAUGGCCUGUGCUGCGACUUUUGCCCCCCAGGUCAUUACAUGGAGCACUUUUGCUCCAAGAGCCAAAGGACAGUCUGCAAACCCUGCAACGAGGGCUACUAUGCAGAUAAACCCAACAACUUUGACGUCUGUAAUCGAUGCCAGUCGUGUCAACAAGUGUAUUCUGAGAAUUGCACAACAACCACAAAUGGAAAGUGUGAUUGUUCGCCCGGUUUCCUGUGCUCCAACGAUGAGUGCUCUGUUUGUGAGGAAAACAAAUGCACCGAAGGGGAGGAAGUGAGAAGGAAAGUGAAUUCAGAAGAAACUCCAAAACUGGUGAAAUACAGCUACUAUUGUGAACCAAAAUGCUCCGAACAUGAACACUUUGACUCAAGUGAGAAAAAGUGCAAAAGCCAGAGACGUGCUUCUGGCCUCCCUGACCAUCUUCAACGGGACAAACCAGAUCUUGAAAGAUAUUGGAUUUUUGUGAUCAUGGGCACUGGCUUUGUUUUGGUCUCAAUCCCCCCCAUUGCCUUUGUGUUUUAUACCUGGUCAAAGGAAAGGAGGAUGCCCAUUGCAAGUGAUGCAGCUGUGAAAGUGCCGACUGCCAAAAUCAGUGACUUUCACCUUUCGAAGGAAGAGAGUGGACUACAGCUCAUCACCACGGAUGACUCCACAGAAAGUAACACGUUUGACUCAUGUGGCUUGAAGGAGGUCUCUACUUUAUCAUUAUGACACAACUUUGGGGUGUCUAUUUUUCUAAGCUAAAAGUACCUAAAGAGGUACUGUGAGACAGUGACGUGCGGUGGUUCACGGCUGGUGAGGCACUGACGUCAUCAGUCAGAUUUACAAACAUAUGAACCCUGCAGAGCAGCGUAGUCACCAUUUGAUUGGCAACAGUUCAAAUUUCAUUUCAACAUUUGUCUUCCAUUUACAAACUGUAACAUAGAAAAAAAAGCACCAAGAUUGUUGUGAAUGAAUUACUUUGACUUAUAAAUGAAGUCUGUGCACCGCUCCUUCUGAAGUAAUACCUGGAUAAGCUGUUUGUAGAAGUGUUCCUUUUCUUUCUUCAGUUUUAAAAGUCUCUCUGUCUCAAUGGAGAUCACUGCCAGUGAUGUGCCUUCACAAAUUCCUGAGUUUAGACGCAUAAUCCUCCAUUAAGAAAAUGAUGUUUAGUAAGUAAGGGUUAAAGUGUGCAUUAUUACUUUGUGAAAGCCUGAACCGUCCGACGCGAAGCAUUUUUCAUGGUCACUUACAAAAGCAAUACAUAUUAACCAGUUUUUAGUCCUUAAUUCUUUUCUUUUUUCCAAUUUGGAUCGCUUUUCUCACAAAAAGCGGACUAUUUGUUACGCUGUUACUAUUUGUUACAGCCGCUGCAGUCAAGAUUCGGCGACAUAUAAACACAAUUUUGUGCAUUGAACUGUCCAUUAUCAGUAAUUAAUGGACUUUGCAGAAUUAACCGUCAGAUGUGAUCAUAGUUGUUGUCAUUUAAUACAACGGACAGCUUAUUGGGCAUUAUCCCGUAUAAUUUAAAAAUGAGAUUGGUCUUUGUGUGUGUUUUACUAUUUUAUUUGUGAAAGCUUGAUUUUGCUUUUGAUUUUGAAGUUGUUCAAGGUAUUUAUUAUUUAAAACAUUUUUUUUACUUCUUUCUGAAAAGUUUUUUAAAAUAAAGUUUGAUUUCUUUGAUUUUGAUUUAUGUGUAAAUAUUUCUCACCUGGUCUGUGUGUGUCUGUUUUAGAAGUUUGUUAUAAAGGGAUGGUCAUUUGAAUUUCAGAACUGUUCAUGUUCUUGUACUGUACAUGACUCUUUUCCCCUGUCUGCUUUAUUUUAGUUAUGAAAUAAAAUGUUACAUUUUUUGAGCGUUA